AACGUUAGUGUCCGGGGCGUCGCGGCGGACUGCUGGGGACUUUCUCCAGGCUGGGAAGCAUACUGUGUAGCCGCAGUGCCUCUUGGACCCACCAUGAGGCGCCUCGGCUCAGUGCAGCGGAAAAUGCCGUGUGUGUUUGUGACGGAGGUGAAAGAGGAGCCCUCCGCGAAAAGGGAGUAUCAGCCAUUUAAAGUUUUGGCAACUGAAACUAUAAAUCGCAAGGCAUUAGAUGCGGAUAUAUACAGUGCAAUUCCAACAGAAAAAGUGGAUGGAACAUGUUGUUAUGUUACUACCUAUAAAGGUCAGCCAUACCUUUGGGCUCGGCUAGAUAGAAAGCCCAACAAACAAGCUGAGAAAAGAUUUAAAAAAUUUCUAUAUUCAAAAGAAAAUUCAAAAGGUUGGGUACCAGUAGAGAAAAACAACAAACAGUAUUGCUGGCAUUCCUCUGUAGUUAAUUAUGAAUUUGAAAUUGCUCUGGUAUUGAAGCAUCAUCCUGAUGAUCCAGGACUUUUGGAAAUUAGUGCAGUGCCGCUAUCUGAUCUGUUAGAACAAACAUUGGAGCUUAUAGGAACAAAUAUCAAUGGAAAUCCAUAUGGGUUAGGAAGCAGGAAGCAUCCAUUACAUCUUCUUAUACCACAUGGAGCAUUUCACAUAAGAAAUCUGCCUACACUGAAGCACAAUGAUCUGUUGUCCUGGUUUGAAGGUUGCAGAGAGGGUAAAAUUGAAGGAAUAGUAUGGCAUUGUAAUGAUGGCUGUUUAAUCAAGGUAAUAGCAGAAAAUAGCUUGUGGGAUUAUGUUGUUUUAUAUUCCUGCAAUAAAGUAAAAAUGACACUAGAAUUCUAUCAAGGAAUAAAAAUUGCCGUAAUUCUGAUUUGUAGUAAAGUAGUUUUAUUAGCUUAUCUCACAUACCACCAUUCUUUAUAUGCACUGUGCAUUCUGUGGGGCAUUGGUUCUGGAGAUGCACCUUACAAUUAAGAGUUGCAUGAUCAAAAUCUCUGGAAAACCCUGCAUACUACAGUCCUCUUCUUGGAGAUUGAUGUUACACAUUAGUACUCUUUGAGAUCCUGCACAGUUUUGUUUGAUUCGGUAUUUCCCAAACUUACUUGAUUAUAGAAUCUUUUGAGUAAAAAAAAAGUGUCAAGGUGACAGCUGAUAGAAUAAAUUAUAUAUUUUGCCUUUUACACCUGUCUCCUGUACUUGUCUAUUUGAUUUCUUAUAGGUAUCUGAAAUCUAUAAUGUUCAAAACUAGACCUAGACAUAUUAACUCCUUGAAUCCACAUAAUUCACUGGAGCCAGAAGAUUGGAUAUAAUUUUUAACCUCUGUUUUUAUUACUUCAUACAUCCCAUUAUCAGUUCUUAAAGACUCGGAACUACUAAUCUGUCUACUUCUCCCCAACCAGUUGUAACAACUUUUAGGCAAAAGUUCAUGUUUAUUAUCACUCUCCUAAACAGUAUUUUUCAGUCUUACCCUUGUCCUGUCCAUUCUUCACAGGUCACUGAAAAUGACACUUCCCUGCAUAAAACUGUUUAGUGACAUUAAGAUUGUUCAUCACCUGGCCCUUCCUUAAAUUUGCAGAACCAUCCUGCCCACACAUAAACACCUCUACAUUGUUAUGUUUUAACCAUACAUAACUUUUUCAGUAAGAGCAAAAAAACACCAUUCAUUCUUUUACCUUGGGUUCUAUCAUGUGAUAUUCCCUUUAGUUUGAGUGCCUCUCCACCCAAAUUUUCAACUGCUAGCUCCUGUAGUCAGCAACAGACUAUCAUUCAUCAGAUUUUUAUGGAGACCCUGAUUAUGUUCCUGGCAUGUUUCCAGCUGCUGGAAAUACAGAAUCAACAAAACAAUGUCUCUGCUUUCUUGAAGCUCACAUUCAGGAUAGACAGUAAACAAGUAAAUAUGUAAUAUGUCAGGAGAACACCUAGGGAAAAAAAAAAGGUAAGAAAAAGUAGAGACUUAAAC